AACAUUUGACGUUUGACAAAAAACACGAAAUUUUCAUGAAGUUUGCUCUCUUAUAUCUUUUUGUAUAGGAAAGCAAGCAACCUCAGGUUUUUUGCAUCAAUUAGUGUUACUCAACCUCUUUUCAGCCAUAUAUGAAAAGUACUAUGCUUUACAUGGCUUCACUUAAAUAUUAUCCAUAUCUUGAGACCACUUUUGAGAAAAAAUCUUGAAGCGGGAACGUUUUUUUAAAACGAAGCUUUUGAAGGUAUUUUGUCUGAAUUGGUCAACUACAAGCUUGAUUCUCACUGUUUCUACUACUGUUUUUAGUCUGUAGAUUCUCUAAACUGUUUUUUUCAAAACAAAAAGAAAUAGUAGUCAACUAAACUUUUAGUCUAAAGUUUACAAAAUGGAAAUGUGCUGUGAACUUAACAAUCUACGUGAAAUGGUGGUUCAAUCUAUAAGUCAAGAAUCUACCAAAGUGUUGUCUGAAAUAGCAACCUGCAAGAAUAUUUUGGAUUUUCUGGAUAUAUAUGAUGGCAUUAUUUGUCUCAAAUAUCCUGAUUUUGUGUUAACCAAUAGCCAUUUUCUACAAAUUUGCAAAGACAAAAAUAAACAUAACAUAACAUUAGAAAAUCUUUCAUUAUUUUUUACAACCUACUGUAAGUAUAAUAUCUCUAGAGUGAUGUUUAUAAGGAUCUUAAAAAAGUUAAAAGGUUACUUUGUAAAAUUAAAUCGAGCCAAAAAUUUGGACUUCAAAAAACAUUUUUUAAGCUCUGCUUUAUCUUUUAAUGGUGCUUUUUCUGAUGUUGUUGGUUUGUUACCUUCUGAUGCUUGUUCUACCCCUACUUCUAUCUACAAUAGUGAAAUUGUUCCAAAUCAAGUUACUGUUUUUGUAUCUUCUGAUUUAAAUUUGCAAAUUACUAAUGAUGAGUUGUCGUAACUUGUUACCCCAACUUCUAUUAUAUACAUCCCUGUAGAAAAUAGGUCUGAAAAAUUUCUUACUGAAAUGCGUUUUAGUGAAGAGAAUCUUCCAGUUUCCAAUUUAGAUAAAAAGCUACCUUUAUUUUCUGGUGAAUUUAUUUCCUGAGGUUAUUUCCUGGUAUUUAAAGAAAAAAAUUGAAAACACUGUUUUGAAAACAUCUGAUGAAACAAAUGAUUUAUUCUUAAAGGAGAGUUUGAAUUACUUUGAAAAUCUUACAGAAGAGCUGAAGGAAAGAGUUGACAUUUUUGAAAAAAAUGUAAUUGACGUUUAUGAAGGAGGUAGAUAUAAUGAUGAAAUUUGCUCGGUAUAUUACGACCUUUUAAGUAAAAAUGUUUCUGUUAAUAAUGUUGAAUCUGUUAUCAGAACUGUACUACAAAAAAUGGCUGGAAUUUCAUGUGGCACACUUCCAAAAAAAUCUUUGGCUUCUGAAGUUUUUAGUGAAAUGAACCUUUUAGCAAAAGCUCAAGUGAGAGAGGCUAUGUUGAAUAGUACAAACAAUGUUCUUCAUACAGAUGGCUCAAAAUAUAAUUUUAGAGAGGUUGGUAGUUUUCAAGUCACAACAUCAUCUGGUAGCUACACGUUUGGGAUAGAAGAUAUGUUUUCGGGAGAGGCACAAUCUCAUUUUGGAGAGCUAAAAAACUUACUCACUGAUAUGUCUAAGAAAUUUUCUCCUGACAAGGAAAACUACGAGAAUGAUCUUAGGAAACUUAUUUUUUCUUUCAAAUCUUUGAUGACAGAUCGCACUAUUGUUAAUUCAAGUUUUUUUCACCAAUUUAAACAUUGGAGAGAAACAAUUUUGCCUUUUGUUAUUGAAAACUAUGAUCAGCUUCCUUUAAAUGAAAAAUUAAAAAUUUCUCAAAUGCAUCAUGUUUUUUGUGGCUUACACGUUAUCCACAAUCUAGGAAUAUAUGCAGAAAAAGCAAUAAUAGAAUGGGAAAAAGUGGUUGAGCAGGAAGGUAGUAUUCAUGGUGGUUUUAAAAGUUCUCAAAACUCUCGCACCUUUGAUAUUUUGUAUGAACUUUUAAAACUUACAAGCUAUCGGCAUGGUGAUCAGCAAAAUGGAAAAGCUGAUGAAUGGAAGGCAUUUUUGCGUAAAAGGUUUACAAAAAAUUUUAUGGUUUCAUUUCUGCAUCAUCGCUUAAAUAUUAUAUUUGUACUUGGUGGAGCAAUGUAUUAUCAUAAAGACCACCUUAAAGAAUUUGUUUUCAAUCUUGGUGGUUCAAAUUUCUCUGGGAAUUUUUAAUAAAUUGAUAUCAGGACCUCUUUUUCGUAUUAUUGAAGAGGAGGGUCAUAUUUUCUCUUUAAAUACCAUUUGGUUGCAAAUGUUCAAUUAUUUUGUUUCUUGUUUUUCUGAUGCAUCAAAAAUGUUAGUCGGUUCUACCUUUUUUGAUGUAAAAUAUCUCACCAAGGAUGAAGUGUUUGAUCAUUUAUUUUCUGAUUGUAAUGACCUACUUUUGGAUGCCUUAACACAAGAAUGUCUUGAAGUUAUAUGUUGCACAUGUUUGGUUAUGAUUUAGAGUCAGUUAAGAUACCAAUUGCCUGUAGGAAAAUAUCACAAUCCGGGUGAUGAUGUGCUUGAAAAAACUCAAAACUGCCCAUGUACUAAUGUUGUGUCUGAACGUGACUUUGCUUCCCAUGACCGCAGGUUAAAAAUGAAACCUAACAUGACAACAGUAGCUGCAGCUGGUGUGAUCAUGUUUAACAACAACAAAACAGCUGAUUGAAUAGAUGGAAAAUUACAGGAAGAAAUUGAAAGGCUAGUUAUAUUAGCAAGGCGAAAUAGAAAAGGGUAUAUAAGAAAAUACAGAGAGAAAAAAGCAAAUAUAUUGCAGUACAAAAUUGAUGAGAUAGACAAGCGCAACUUAGAAAAGGAAAUAAAGGAACAAAAGGCAAGCAAAGAGAAAGAGUUUUUGACAACAGAAAUCGGAAAGGAUGGUGGUUUAAUUUUGUGUGAAGAGGAUUUUGAAAAAAUUUUAGGAACUGAAAAUGAAAUUGUAAUGAAGUUGCAAAGACAAAUUAAAUUUCGAAAAAAAGUAUUACAGCAAAAAUUUCCAGAAAAGUGGUUACAAUUAGGAGAAAAGGCAAAAGGGGAGUAUUACAAAAAAUUUGGUAUUGAUAAAUUAAAAACCAAUCUGAUAUCAAUUUUUAAAUUUUUAAAAGACGUUCCUGAACAACGCGCAACUGCAAUAAAAUGUUCAGUUAUCAGACAGAUUAAUGAAAGACAAGAAAUGUUGUUAACAUUAAAAAAAAAAGUCAGAUUAGAGGGUGACGCAAGGUUAAUUAUGGAAACUGGAAGUAAAAUAAAAACAGGCACAUUAAAGGGAGGGGUUCCAAAGUUUUUAGGAAAAAGAAUAAAACAUAAAGUGGUAGAUAAUGAUGGCAAGGAUGUAUGGUAUUCAGGGCUCGUGGUAAGUGUUCUAGACGACAAUGAAUUUGAUGAAGAGUGUGAGUUUCAGAUACUAUAUGAUGGAUAUGAAGAUAAGUAUGACAUUGAGUUGGUCAAAGAGUGGAGGAUGAAAUGUGUUGUGGUAGAGGGAAAAACUGAUGGUUAUGUGGAGGGCGAAGUUUGUAAAAAACAAAAAUGCAGUUAAUAUCAUUUUUGACACAAUGGGGAUUUAAUUUAUUGUAUUUAUGUUUGUUAUUAUUCUUAUUAUUAAUAAUAUUAUUAUUAUUAUUUUUAUUGUCAUUCAAUUUAAUGUGUUCUUGUUUGUGUUCUGUUUGGUCAUCUGAAGCGGUGUUGGCGCACCAACAAUUCUUUAUAUGUAUAUUUGUUUUCUAUUGAACAUCUGCCGUCAUGGUGACAUACCCGUAUGUCAUGCUUUCUAUUUUUGUGCUGACAUACCUGUCAAUAUAUGUAUCCUUGUGUUUACAUUUUUUUGUGUUUGCAUGUAUGUUUUUGUAGGUGUGUCUGCAAUUAUUUGCAUGUUUGUUUUUACUCACUUGUUAGUCACUAUAUGCAUGUUUGUGUUUAUGUAUCUGUUAGUCAUUAUGUGUAUGUUUGUGUUCUGUUGGACCUCUGAAGUGGUGUUGAUGCACAUGUAAGUCACUAUAUGUAUGUUUGUGUUUAUGUCCCUGUUACUCAUUAUGUGUAUGUUUGUGUUCUGUUAGACCUCUGGAGCGGUGUUGGCGCACCCGUAAGUCACUAUAUGUAUGUUUGUGUAUAUGUAUCCAUUAGUCAUUAUGUGUAUGUUUGUGUUCUGUCAGACCUCUGGAGCGGUGUUGACACACCCAUAAGUCACUAUAUGUGUGUUUGUGUUUGUAUACCUGUUACUCAUUAUGUGUAUGUUUGUGUUCUGUUGGACCUCUGGAGCGGUGUUAACGCACCCGUAAGUCACUAUAUGUAUGUUUGUGUUUAUGUACCUAUGUGUUUUGUAUGUACUAUUGUGUUUACUUUGUACUUGUACUUUAUGUGUUACUAUGUACUAUUGUGUUUAUGUACCUUAUGUAUCAGUCAUUAUGUGUAUGUUUGUGUUCUGUUGGACCUCUGGAGCGGUGCUGACCCACCCGUAAGUCAUUAUAUGUAUGUUUGUAUUUAUGUAGCCAUUAGUCAAUAUGUGUAUCUUUGUGUUUAUCUACCUGUAAGUCAUUAUAUGUAUCUUACUCUUUUGUUGGAACUGUGGAAUAACUAUAAUUUCAUUUGAUAAUGCAGGUUAGUCAUUUUGAUCAAGUUUUUGUUUUUUUUAUUUAUAUUUGUGUCUGUUGAUCUUGUGGCACAGCAUUGAAACAACAGUAACCAAACUAGGCUGCAAGCAAUCAUUGUAGGAGUUGGAAGUUACUGGAAGAGAAAAGAUGAAGUUUGUAGAGUAAGAUAACAAUUGACAGUUGACUUAAAAGAUUGCAAAUUAUAUGAAACAGGGAAGCAAGAUAAAGGAAGCGAAUUCCAAAGAACUGAUGUUCGAGGAAAAAAAUAAAAGAAUAAGAGUUUUUGGAGCACUUAGAAACAGUCACAAGAGAAUGAAUUUUAGCAGAUAAACAAGGGACUCUAGCUAUUUAGAGCAGUGCCCAUACUUGUAGAAAAGAGAAGGAGAAGCACCAUUACAACGAUGUGAUAAUGGUUAGAGGUUGGCUGCAAGAGCAGGUCCAACAAUGCAUUUUUACAAUGCAUUUUUGCUCCUUGUCUAAAAGAGAAAGGGCGUCAUUAGAAUAUCUGCCCCAGCGUUUUUUGCAGCGUUUAGUGCCACAGGGUCUGUGUGUUUUGUGAUUGUGAUCUUAUUGUUGUGAUGUUUUGUGUUGAUAGACAACUUGGCUUACCUUCUCGCUGGUGUCUAUCGUUAAAAAUGAUUAUUAGGUUGUUUCGUUACUGAAACUACUUCUAAUCAUUCACUAAAAGCCAAGAGAUAAAUUUUAGA